AAAUAACCUUGUCGACCGUAACACCUGGUUUCCUUUUCUGGUGCUCAGUAUCGUUGCUCUGUAGCUCUGACAGAGAGCGAACAGUCGCCCACAAUAGCCGGCUCUGUUGCAGCCCCUGCUUUAUCUCAUCUCACCGGAUCAUCCCCUCCAGUGCCGACCCGUGCGGGCUGCUGCUGCCUCCUGUAUCAUCUCACAAGCUGGAAACAAGGAGAGGGAUACGGCGAUCGUUCACUUUUUUUUCUUUUUUUUUUGGGGCUUCCAAAGAUCCCUAGACCUAUCAGUCUCAUGAUCCCCCCGCUGUCUUUGUUUGUGGUCGACCAGCUGGGGCUGCGUGAUGCUCCGCACCGGCAGAUGUGUGGAACGACACCGCUAAUAGAUGCAUGUUCUCGCAGUGGCCACGGCCCGAUGCUGAAAUCCCCACAUUCAUGAGAAGGCAAGAGGAAGCAGAUUACUGAGGGAUUAAGCACAUGCACGGUUAUGCAUGUGCAUACGCAGGGGACACCACGGUUUCAGGAUUUGAGUUCCAAUUUAACAGUGGUUGUCCCUGUGAAUGAACAUACUGCACUGACUGAGAGAGUCUCUGGUAUCAUGGAAGAAGAGGAGGAGCUAAAAGAGGCCCUUUGAAUGUAGACCUCAUGACACCGCCUUCUUUUUCCAUCCUCACCAUCAAAGGACUGCUCAACAAGUUGACAAGUGCAGCGCGGACCAUCCUCCUACCACUCUCUCAUGAUACGUCGACACACUUGUGGGAGCAGAGUCAUUCUCACACAAGGAUGUGAGGGUGUGUUAAUAAGAUUCUCUGACAUUGUGAAUAUCCGUGCAAAAGAAACCACAGACAGAGAAUUUUUAGUUUUGCAGACUGCAGCACAAGAUGUCAAGUGUCAAGACGAAGACGCUGACAGAAAAUCUUAUAUUUAAACCUGUGAGCAGCAAAUGCCUUUGCAGCACAUUUUAAAACAGGAAACAGUAGCAUUUCUGAUACAUCGAGAUUCAUUUCUGUUAUCAGCUUACAUUUUGUGACACACACAUUUCUUCUGUUAAACACCCCAUGAAUAAUCCAAGUAUUUUUUUUAUUUGAAAUCUUACAGUUUUCUUGGUUUAGGUCACAAGAUCAAAAGAUUCCCCAGUAAAAACUUUGUAAACUCAGUUUUUGAAAAAUUGGGUAAAUCUUUCCCUACAUAAGUAAAUAAAAAAGUAAGAUUAUGCACAGAAACUUCUUGCUGGCCCUGUGGAAAACAAUUGUGUUUGUUUUUAAUUUUUUGUAAUCAUGAGUAAAGGCAGACAUUAUAUUAUAAUGUUUGAAACGUAAUUUAAAAUGUUAUAAUCCAUUUACAAGCAUGAGUUCCAUGGACAAAAUAAUGUUUCUGCUCACCAGCAUAUGAGGAUACAAAGAAUGAUCACAUUUAUCAGGUACUUUCAGAAGAAAUCUAUCCAAUAACAGUCAAAUGUUUCAUCAGACUGAGUUGUAAUGGCAGUCCAGGACACCCCUCACUUUCCCUUUGGCUUUGAACUUAGUGGUCACUUUGCUGACCCCCGGCCUCUUGGCACAGGUGUCACCGGCCUGGUCCUCUCAGCUGUGGACCAACGCAGCGGGCGGCGUGUUGCAAUCAAAAAGCUGGUGAUGCGGGACAUUGUGACAGUAAAACACGCCCUUCGAGAGGUAAAAAUCACCUGCCGUCUGCACCACGAGAAUGUUGUGCAGGUCCACGAGGUUUUAGCACCGUAUGGACGACCUCUGCCUCAAGACCAAAGCCAGCUCGGUGCUCUGUACAUCAUCCAGGAGUGUAUGGAGACUGAUCUGGCUCGGUUACUGGAGCAAGGACCAUUACCCACAGGCCAUGCCACGCUGCUGUUCUACCAGCUGCUGAGGGGACUGAAGUUCAUCCACUCAGCCAACGUCCUGCACCGAGACCUGAAGCCUGCCAACAUUUUCAUAAACACGGACCAGCUGCUGCUCAAGAUCGGAGACUUUGGUCUGGCCAGAAUUGUUGAUCCUCAUUAUUCUCAUAAGGGCUAUCUGUCCGAGGGUUUAGUAACCAAGUGGUAUUGUUCCCCUCGUCUGCUCCUGUCCCCCAACAAUUACACCAAGGCCAUAGACAUGUGGGCGGCGGGCUGCAUUCUGGCUGAGAUGCUCACUGGCUGCACGCUGUUUGCAGGAGCUCAUGAGCUGGAGCAGAUGCAGCUGAUUCUUAACACUGUGCCUGUGGUGAGAGAGGAGGACAGACAGGAUCUGCUGCAGGUGACACCUCAAACUGUGCUGCAGCACAUGAUGCCUUCGUAUGUCAGUCAUGGAUGGAGAGUCAGGAGACCCUUUUCUGAAUUGCUGCCUGAAGCGGAUGCUCAGGCUGUGGACUUUCUUGGACUUAUUUUGACCUUUAACCCCAUGGAUCGUCUGACAGCUGAGGAGGCGCUGUCGCACAUUUUCCUUCAGCAGUACUCCUGUCCAGAAGAUGAGCCCACCUCAGUGCAUCCCUUCCACAUUGAGGAUGAGUUGGACAGCAUCUUAACAGAGCAGAGCUUUAAUAAGAGCAACAGUCAGGCCUCAAGCAUUCACUGGGACAGUUUAUCAACAGAUAUGUGUUGGCAACAAUCAGAUGGGAGGUGUCACUGCAUGCCCCCUGGCCACAUACCCUCUGACCUGGGAGACACCACAGAGGAUGAGGAGGUGCAGAGAGACCCCCGGGCUAGUUCCAGAUCAUUAUUAGAGGAGGCACAGGUUGACCCUCGCAAAUAUUCCCACAGCAGCUCAGCAGAGCGCUUUCUGGAAAACUCUCACCCCUCUCUGGAAAGAGUCUGCGGCCUGGGAUAUGGGGAGCUCGACUGUGGCCGUUCUUGUGAUUACAAAGUGGGUUCUCCUUCAUAUCUGGACAAAAUUGCCUGGCGGGAGGGAAAGCCGCAACACUACUCGGAGCCUAAGCUGAUUCUGGAUCUGUCUCACUGGAGGCGGAACACUAACUGCCUCGCUGUGCCUGAUGAGCCUGCUGGUGCCAGCAUGGAGGACCCUGGUGAUAUGAAAGAGCAGGAAGCUGAAGAGAAAAAAGAGGAGGACACAGAUGAUUUGUUCCAGGAAAUUUCUCGUUGGGUGGAGAGCACUCAGUCCCGACUGCGCUCAUCCAGCCCAAGUCCUUCUUUUGAGCAGUGCUCACCCUCCUGCUACACAUCGUCCCCUCCGCUCCCGCUCUCCCCUACUGACCUCCCAACACCAAUCUUCCACUACACAGAGGUUAUGCAGCAACCAUCAGCUGAAUAUGAUGAGGACAGACUGAGCCCCUUAGCUGCCAUUACCUCUUCCUCCCAUACCCCUGCCUUUCUUAUACCCUCAUCUCCCACAUCUCCUCUUGCUCCUCAGUCACCUCAAACAGCAUCACUUCCCACCACACCGCUGUUUCGACCACCACAGUUUCAGGCCCUUUCGUCUACCUCCUCCAUAUCUCAGCCAGCGAAGGCGGACUCCCAGGAGUCCCUGCCUGUCAAACAAAAAGAGCGGGUAUUUGACCUGGACAUGUUUAUAUCCAGAGCAUUGAAACUGUGCCGGCAGAAUAAGGAGAAGACAAAUGUGAAGAAAGGAAAAGACUCAGGGUGGAUGGAAGAGAGCAAACAGCCAAGCAUUAAACGAAAAGUACCCAGGUUUCCAGAGCAAAGGACUCCAUCACCACAGACUCCCAACUCUUGAUGUGGAAUUUCAACUUCAGUAUAUGCUGCCUAAGCAUUUGUCUGUAGCAGCUUUUGUCUUUUUAGCACCUUUGCAAAGACAAAUCGAAUGCUGUGACAAGCUUUAGCUUGAACAAGCAACCAUGCAGCUUUGUCAUGAGAUAUUGUCAGGCAAUAAGAGGUCAAAAGGAAUUUGCAUUGGACAUAAGAGAAACAAAUAUUUUGUAAUGACACUGGAUUUAUUAAUGAUUUGCUCUUAAAAAACAAUUUCAAACUAAAUAAGCUGAACUACAAUUCUGGUUUUGACCCCACAAAUUCCCACAUUAAAAGUAGAAGAGCUUUGGUGGUUGAUUUUGUAACAAUGACAUCAAAACUGCUGAUUAUUGCUAAUUCUCAGCUGAAGUAGUUGCUUAGAAUUAAAAGUUGUUUUUGUAUAAUAUUCUUUUAAAUCUUCAAAUAACAGUCUUCCAUUAUGAUAUUCACAAAAAUAGGAAAAGUGACAAAUGGAAGCGUGUCCGAAUGUAUUACCUGAAAAAACAAGUCAGCCAAACUUUGGCAUCAAACAAGUUUUUAUGUGUUGUUGCUUUGAUAUUUCAAAAUUGAGGUAUUGAAUAUUUGUCAUUGUAAACAUGUAAACUCAUCAUAUUUGCUUUUCUAACAUACAAGAUAUAAUGACGGUAUUGUUGUGGUUCAGAUAUUCUUGCAUUAAUUUAAAAAUGAUAGGAUCUUCAAUUUGACUUUAGUUUGGCUUUAGUUUUAUCAUAGGUGGUUUCAACUCUCACUGAGGUGCUGAAUCAUAAUUUUCCAUAUAAAAACUUUGCCACUUUUUACUGAUUUUCUGCUUACUUUAGCCACAGGAUCCUUUGAUUCAAACAGCAGCAGCUUAUGUGUCAGAGAAUGUAGAACUUUUACAAACAUUUCAGGAAAUGUUAAUUCUCAAAAUUUCACAGUGCUGCUUUUCAGCUUUGAUAACAGAAGGGAAUGGAAAAAUAGUAAAGUGAGAUUUCAGAUAUCUUUCUUUCAUUCAUGCUAAGCUGCUUAUGUUUUAUUUAUUUUUGGAUCUGAUGUCUCUCAACAAAGUUGAUCGAACAGCAUUUACAUUUAGGUGUGCAGAAUACUGUUUGUUGAGUCAUGUUGUCUUUCAAUAAUGUGCAUUUAGAAUUUCCUUCAAUAGUCGAGCUAAAUAGUUAGUUUUGAUAGCAGAGCUGGUGCAGGAAAACAGAGAAAUGAAUGCUGUCUUUUUCUGUUUCAUGCGGAUGUUCAAAGGUUGUUGCACCUAUACAGGAUUCCAGCUAUGGGGAAAGGCAGAGGCACAACUGCAAAGUAUAUAAAAACACACUGCCAGCAACACAGAAAAAGAAGAAUGUUUCAUCAUCUUUCAUCACACUCAUGAUUAACCUAAACAUAGUUAUUUUUUCAAAAGAUAUGCAGCGACUGACAGUGUAUUAAUACACAGAAAACAGCUGAUUUCAUCAUAUCUGCACUGUGCCCUACAUACAAUACACAACAUGACAACAGAUUAUCUUUUGACCAAUUUUGUUUGACUUCUAAGGGGCACGUAAAAAUGAACUGCAAACAAUACUAACUAUGAGACAUCAAAGCCAGGUAUUUCUGUAUAAUCUUAAUGAAGCACAUAUAGAAUAACAAGCACAGUCAAAAAUGUAGGAACCAUAUACUAAAACCUAGGAUAUGUCUAACUCUACCAUCAUACACGUCAAUAAUGUACUUUUUAAAAUGUAAUUAUGGCUAGAUUAUUGGAAAAGAAGUACUCAAAGAAAUCAAAUUUUGUCAGUUUUGUUAAAAAUGUCAAAUGCAGUUCCAUUAAUUACAAACGCGUGUUUUGCACAAAUCUAAAGAUUAUAUUUGCACUACACAGCUUCCAUUGUAGGUAAAUUAAGCCUGCAAUGAUACCAUUCUUAUUAGAAAAACACACUUUAACACAUGUGAUUACUGAGCCGAAUAUUAUUGCCUGCUUUCUGUAAAGCAAUGCUGAAAAUGUGCCUCUGUACACCUCAAUGUAUCCAGCUUGCUGAAUGUAAUGUGUGACCUCCUCUCUGCAUGAGCAUCCGAAUCAUUUAAAAAUUCUUUCUAUUAUGCAUCACUUUGUGAAAGUCUUUUAUCUCUAUUGUAUUUUCUUCAUGCUUCAAGGAGCGAUCAACUUUUCCUACCAAUUCAAUAUGCCUUUUUUUUUAGUGUUUAGUUUUGU